AGGCACAAACGUGUUGUUAGGAGAAAAUCCGUGAUUACAGGAAAAAUCUCAUGGCGAGCUCGAUUCCAAGUGCGAAGACUCUGCUACGGACGGAAUGGAAACCUCGCCUACGCAAAUUCUUCUCGGGGCGUCGCUCGACGGCGACAUCGGUCACAACAACGUCCCAACCGCAAUGUCUGAAAAUGCCGCUGCCAAUCGCGCGAUUGCGCUGCGAUUGGGCUCUCGCAGCGUUGGUGCGAGAGCAUCGAGGAAAUCCAGCUCUUCGCAGGUUCUUUGAGCAGACUUACCUGGGCAGCGAAAAGCUGGCUCGUCGGGGGGAUCGCUGGACGGAGAGACUGUGGUUUUCUGCGAUUUCUCUGCUGAAAAAAUGUCAUGUUCGUCUGGUAGGAAGGAGCCGGCUGGCAUUUUUGGACAAAGCAGGAAACAAACAAGAGAAAGAGUCCUCGGCGUCACCGCCAUGCUAUCAGCACGAAAAGUGGGCGCGACCAACACUCUUCAUGCCCUUUUUGCGCUCUCCACCUGACGGAGUGUGGACAAUAAAUUACGAUAAGAGCAGCCGCGGCCAUUCUGGACCCGACAGAGUGCGAUGCAGGGGUCUAGAGGAGUCUUAUGAUUCUGCAAGUACAUCGCGAGUCGACAUUGUGGCGUCCUCGUUACGGCAGAACUACGAUAAGAUACGUGCGGACUACGAUAAGAUUUCGACGUGGCUUGCGGAUAAGAAUAUUAAAUCAACUGGUGUCGUGCGACGUGGAUUGUGGCGCAAGUUUCCUCUGCUUUCGUACCGCCACUGGCACCCCGAUGCAAACUGGACUUCGACGCAAGGUUUGUUGCGACAGCUUUCAUCAUCAUUUUCCGUAGUUGCCCGGACUCCGAUGACCACGAGCACAGAUGAUAAGAAAAGUUUGCUUGCGCUAGGACUCGGCAGCUGCUACUUCAGCCGCAUUGAAGGGCCCACGCAUAUUCGAGAGCACUUUGGUCCGACCAAUGGGCGUGUGCGGUUGCAUCUGGGUUUAGAUAUACCUGAGUGCAGCGGACUGGAUGCGGGGAUUGCGCAACCACUUCAAGGAGCUUCAAGUGAAGCACCAGCGCCUGUAAAAAAGAUGCACUGUUUUCUUCGUGUUGGAGACGCUUGCUAUCCCUGGCAUGCUGGUGAGGUACUCGCCUUCGACGAUUCUUUUUAUCAUGGGGUGUACAUGGAUUACGAUGACAACGGGCAGCAGAAAAAUCAAUUUUCAACUGCAUCCCGUAAAGUAGACACUUCGAUUUCCAGAACGGGCAAUUAUGAGGAACAUGAUAAGAACAUACAGCCUGAGUUGCGACGUGGGGUUCUAGUGGUUGAUGUGUACCAUCCAGACCUGACAGAAGCUGAGGCUCACUUUCUAGAAGAGAUGGAACAAGUAAAAGAGCGCAUCAUGCCUGGUAUUCAGGAGUGGGGCCAAGCGCAUUGAGCUAGUGCAAG